AUGUUGAACGUAGUUACUCGUAAUAAUAGACCUUUAUAUCGACUUUCGAAUCUUUCAUAUCAUACAUCAUCUAUAUUGAAUUCUUCAUCUCAAACAUCAACACAUGAUCAUUCACAUUUUGGUUUUUAUCGACAAGUUGAAUUAUUUUAUGAUCGUGCUGCAAAAAUUCUUGAAGAUAAAUUAGUUGAUGAUAUGAAAGUAGCGAAAUUAUCUGAUGAUUUAAAACAUAAAAAAGUUCAAGGAAUAUUAAAAAUUAUUAAACCAUGUAAUCAUGUACUUGAAAUACGUUUUCCUAUACGAAGAGAUAAUGGAGAAUUAUUUAUGAUUGAAGCAUAUCGUGCACAACAUUCACAACAUCGUAUACCAUGUAAAGGUGGUAUACGUUAUUCAUUAGAUGUUAAUUUAGAUGAAGUUAAAGCAUUAGCAGCUUUAAUGACAUACAAAUGUGCUUGUGUUGAUGUACCAUUUGGUGGUGGAAAAGCUGGUGUUAGGAUUAAUCCAAAAGAUUGGUCGGAAGCGGAAUUAGAACGUAUAACUCGACGAUUAACAGUUGAAUUAGCUAAAAAAGGUUUUAUUGGACCUGGUAUUGAUGUACCAGCACCAGAUAUGGGUACUGGUGAACGUGAAAUGGCAUGGAUUGCUGAUACUUAUGCAUCAACAGUUGGUUGGGAAGAUAUUCAUGCUAAUGGUUGUGUUACUGGUAAACCAAUUCUUGUUGGUGGUAUUCAUGGACGAACAUCAGCUACUGGCCGUGGUUUAUAUCAUGGUUUAGAUAAUUUUGUUAAUGAAGCUUCAUUUAUGGGCAUGGUUGGCCUUUUACCUGGUCUUGCUGGUAAAACGUUUAUUUUACAAGGCUUUGGUAAUGUUGGUCUUCAUUCAAUGCGUUAUUUGACAAGACAUGGUGCAAGAUGUAUUGGUGUACUUGAAUGGGAUGGAGCUAUUGUUAAUCCGGAUGGAAUUGAUCCAAAAGCACUUGAAAAUCAUAAAAUUGAACAUGGAACAAUAAUAGGUUUUCCAGGUGCUAAACCAUAUGCAAAAGAACCAAAAGAAGACUUACUUUGUGAACCAUGCGAUAUUCUUGUACCGGCAGCUAGUGAAAGACAAAUAACUUCAGAAAAUGCUCAUCGUAUUCAAGCUCGAAUUAUUGCUGAAGGUGCAAAUGGUCCAACAACACCAGAAGCUGAUGCUGUUCUAUUAAAGAAUAAUGUUCUUGUUAUUCCCGAUUUAUAUAUCAAUGCUGGCGGUGUAACAGUAUCUUAUUUUGAAUGGUUAAAAAAUCUCAGUCAUGUUAGUUAUGGUCGAUUAACAUUUAAAUAUCAACGUGAUACAAAUUAUUCAUUACUAGAAUCAGUCCAAAGUUCAUUAGAAGCCAAAUUUGGACGUAUGGGUGGAAAAAUCCCAAUCAAACCAAGUGAUGAAUUUUUAAAACGUAUGGCUGGUGCAUCAGAAAAAGAUAUAGUACACUCAGGUCUUGAACAAACUAUGGAAAAAGCAGCACGUGCAAUAAUGCAAACAGCAAUACGUUAUGAUCUUGGUCUUGAUAUUCGCACAGCAGCAUAUGUAAAUGCUAUUGAAAAAAUUUAUAAAGUUUAUGUUAGUGCUGGUAUUACAUUUGGAUCAUAG